AGAACGACACUUGUGUCGACUUGUGUCAUUAAAUGGAAAGCACCCGUAGUCAUGUUAUGCGUUAUGCAAAAGUGUGCGUGGGAGGUCCUCCUUAUACGCUAGUGGAAUUUUCAUCGCGGAAAUCUACCGCAGCGCUGGUGCUGCACCAGUUUUCCCAGGAGAAGAAAAUGCUAUAAGAAAAAAUUAGUUGAAACGCUCUAUCAAAUCCAAGGGAGUGAGAACCAUUUAAUAUUCAAGUCAAAUUAAGUCAAGUAUGUAAUCCAGGCGUGAUAAACAACAAACAGCCCAACUUAAAAAUGGCGGUUCCCUCGGUUUCGCUAAAUACGCGAAAUAAAAAACAUUUUUUAGGCGUUCCGGCACCCCUAGGAUAUGUCGCCGGUGUUGGUAGAGGAGCAACUGGAUUUACAACACGAUCAGAUAUUGGCCCCGCUCGUGAUGCCAAUGAUGUUUCGGAUGACAGACACGCUCCACCUACGAAACGUACAAAAAAAAAAGAAGAAGAGGAAGAAGACGAAGAAGACUUGAACGAUUCUAAUUAUGAUGAAUUUUCAGGAUACGGUGGUUCUCUUUUCAGCAAGGAUCCUUAUGAUAAGGAUGAUGAGGAAGCAGAUGCAAUUUACGAAGCUAUCGAUAAAAGAAUGGAUGAAAAACGUAAGGAAUAUCGAGAGAAACGCCUCAGAGAAGAAUUGGAGCGCUAUCGUCAAGAACGUCCCAAGAUUCAACAACAGUUCUCAGACUUGAAAAGGGAGUUGGUCAAUGUGACUGAGGACGAGUGGAAGAAUGUUCCCGAAGUGGGAGAUGCUAGAAAUCGUAAACAGCGUAAUCCAAGAGCAGAGAAAUUCACUCCGUUGCCGGAUUCCGUCCUGGCAAGAAAUUUAGGGGGCGAGACGUCCACCAGCAUUGAUCCAUCUAGCGGUUUAGCCUCUAUGAUGCCAGGUGUGGCGACCCCUGGCAUGUUAACUCCUACGGGAGAUCUCGAUCUCAGGAAGAUUGGACAGGCCAGAAACACAUUGAUGAACGUCAAGCUGAAUCAGGUUUCCGACUCUGUAGAAGGCCAAACUGUGGUUGAUCCAAAAGGAUAUCUUACAGACUUGCAGAGCAUGAUACCUACCUAUGGUGGUGACAUAAAUGAUAUAAAGAAAGCCAGAUUAUUAUUAAAGUCUGUCAGAGAAACUAAUCCUAAUCAUCCUCCCGCAUGGAUCGCGUCCGCGCGUUUGGAAGAGGUGACUGGAAAGGUUCAAGCAGCUAGAAACUUGAUAAUGAAAGGAUGCGAAGUAAAUCCUACUUCUGAGGACUUAUGGUUGGAAGCAGCGAGAUUACAACCGCCGGACACAGCAAAAGCAGUGAUAGCGCAAUCAGUACGCCACAUUCCGACGUCCGUUAGAAUCUGGAUAAAGGCCGCAGACUUGGAGACGGAAGUAAAAGCGAAGCGACGGGUUUACCGAAAGGCACUGGAACACAUCCCAAACUCGGUACGAUUGUGGAAAGCGGCUGUCGAGCUGGAAGAGCCUGAGGACGCGCGUAUCUUGCUUAGUCGCGCGGUUGAGUGCUGUCCGACUAGUGUGGACCUAUGGCUUGCUCUCGCUAGAUUAGAGACUUAUGAUAAUGCGAGAAAAGUGUUGAAUAAAGCCAGAGAGAAUAUCCCGACCGACAGACAAAUUUGGACUACCGCCGCGAAAUUGGAAGAAGCGAACGGAAAUAAACACAUGGUGGAGAAGAUCAUUGAACGUGCUAUAUCUUCAUUGAGUGCGAACGGGGUAGAGAUCAAUAGGGAACAUUGGUUCAAAGAAGCUAUGGAAGCAGAAAAGGCAGGAGCGGUACACUGCUGUCAAGUGAUCGUUAAAGCCAUUAUCGGUUUUGGAGUAGAGGAAGAAGACAGGAAGCAUACUUGGAUGGAAGAUGCGGAAACUUGUGCCCAGCAAGGAGCGUUGGAAUGCGCUAGGGCUGUUUAUGCAUAUGCAUUAACAACAUUUCCUAGCAAAAAAUCAAUUUGGUUGCGCGCCGCUUAUUUUGAAAAGACAUAUGGUACACGCGAAUCUUUGGAAACUUUGUUGCAAAGAGCAGUCGCUCAUUGUCCGAAGAGUGAAGUGCUUUGGCUCAUGGGUGCUAAAUCAAAGUGGCUAGCUGGUGAUGUACCAGCAGCUAGAGGUAUUUUAUCUCUUGCAUUUCAAGCUAAUCCAAAUUCCGAAGAAAUUUGGCUGGCAGCAGUGAAACUUGAAUCUGAAAAUUCGGAAUAUGAAAGAGCGCGACGUUUAUUGGCAAAAGCUAGAGCAUCUGCUCCAACGCCUAGAGUGAUGAUGAAAAGUGCCAAAUUGGAAUGGGCUCUUAAUAAUCUUGACGCGGCAUUGCAUUUAUUAAAGGAAGCUCUUGAAGCCUUUGACGAUUUCCCUAAAUUGUGGCUAAUGAAAGGCCAAAUUGAAGAACAGCAAGGUCAUUUGGACAAAGCGAUAGAAACAUAUAAUCAAGCGAUCAAAAAGUGUCCAAAUUCGAUACCCUUAUGGCGUUUGCUAGCGCGAUUAGAACACAAGAGAAAUCAAGUGACUAAAGCGCGUUCGGUUUUAGAGAAAGCAAGGCUUAAAAAUCCUAAAAACGCGGAAUUAUGGUUAGAAGCUAUACGGAAUGAAUUGAAAAAUGGUGGCGCGCGCGAUAUGGCGAAUACAUUGAUGGCUAAGGCAUUGCAAGAAUGUCCCACAUCCGGUUUACUUUGGGCAGAGGCAAUUUUCAUGGAACCUCGACCUCAACGAAAAACGAAAAGUAUUGAUGCCACUAAAAAAUGCGAACACGAUCCACAUGUUCUUUUGGCAGUAUCAAAAUUAUUUUGGUGCGAACACAAGAUUUCAAAGUGCAGGGAUUGGUUCAAUAGAACAGUCAAAAUAGACCCAGAUUUAGGAGAUGCUUGGGCAUAUUUUUACAAAUUUGAAUUACUGAAUGGUAUGGAAGAGCAGCAAGAAGAUGUAAAGAAGAGAUGUAUCGUUGCCGAACCUCAUCACGGUGAAAAUUGGUGCAAAGUUUCCAAAAAUAUAGCAAAUUGGUGUCUGAGCAUAGACCAGAUCUUGAUAUUAGUUGCAAAACAGUUACCUAUUCCUAUAUAAAAUAAAAAUUAUCAUGACAUGAAUCGGAAUACAUUUAUAAUCUUAAUUAAUGUAUGUAACUUUGUUAAAUAGAAUUGAAAAAAAAUCCAAGUUUAUAUUCUCAUUCUAGCUAAAACAUUCAUAUGUAAGAUGUCUAUAAAUAAUAAAUUUAACGGCUUAAAUGUUU